AUGUUGUGGAAACAAUCUACUGCGGCUGUCGCCGGUCUUUUAUCUUCGGCAAAAGGCCUUGCACAACCCAAAUUAUCUACACGUGCUGCAGGAAUCGAUAACUAUCUCACCUCGGAAAGCCCAAUCGCUCUUCAAGGUGUCUUGAAUAAUAUUGGUCCCAAUGGCUCUAAGGCUCCUGGUGCCAAUGCUGGAAUUGUAGUUGCCAGUCCAAGUACAGUUGAUCCUAACUACUUCUACACGUGGACUCGUGAUUCGGCUUUGACUUUCAAAUAUCUAAUUGAUACCGCCAAUUCGAGCUUCCAAACUCUCAUUGAGGAUUAUGUAACUUCUCAAGCAAAACUUCAAACAGUCGAAAACCCUUCAGGAGAUCUCGAUUCGGGCGCAGGUUUGGCAGAACCAAAAUUUUAUACUAAUGAGACUGCCUUUUUGGGAGAGUGGGGACGUCCUCAACGUGAUGGACCGGCUCUUCGUGCGACAGCUUUGAUAUCCUUUGGAAAUGAUCGUCUUGCUUUGGGACAAAAUGAUACUGUCAAGGAUAUUAUCUGGCCUAUCGUCCGGAAUGACUUGGCCUAUGUCUCACAGUACUGGAAUUUAUCCGGCUUUGACCUUUGGGAAGAGAUCAAUGGAUCGUCAUUUUUCACUACCGCAGUUCAACACCGAGCAUUGGUGGAAGGAGCAAAAUUUGCCACUGACCUCGGAGAAUCAUGUGCAGACUGCGAGGCGCAAGCCCCUGAGGUUCUUUGCAUGUUACAAAAUUAUUGGAAUGGAACCAGUAUCAAUUCGAACAUUCAGGUACAAUCAACAACCUAUGAUCGUUCCGGAUUGGACUGUAACUCAAUCUUGACUUCGAUACAUACCUAUGAUCCAGAUCCAGCUGUGGGAUGCGACUCCACCACUUUCCAGCCCUGUUCCGAUCGUGCUCUCGCGAAUCACAAAGUACUAGUCGAUUCCUUCCGUUCUAUCUACACCGUCAAUUCAGAUGCUCCAGCCGGUCAAGCAGUGGCUAUUGGUCGUUAUCCAGAAGAUUUCUAUCAAGGAGGAAAUCCCUGGUAUAUGUGCACGUACGCAGCAGCUGAACAACUCUACGAUGCCUUAUGGACAUACAACAGUACCAAAAACAUCACCGUAACGGAUGUUAGCCAGCCUUUCUUCGCAGACCUGGUCCCAGGAAUAGAAAAAGGAACCUUUAAAAGUGACUCGACCCAGUAUGCGGAUAUAGUCAAAGCCAUGCAAGAUUACGCAGAUGGCUUCGUAGCAGUCGCCGAGAAAUACACUCCAGAAGAUGGAGCCCUCGCCGAACAAUUUUCCCGCGAGAAUGGCACAGCCGUCAGUGCAGUCGAUCUCACAUGGUCUUAUGCAUCAUUCCUCACGAUGCAACGUGCCCGAGAGGGAAAACCCGGUCCUAGUUGGGGAGCUGCAAGUGCGAUUGCAAAAGGUGUUCCAGAUAAAUGCUCAGGUGGUGGUGUAAAGGGAUCUUAUUCUACUCCUGCUAUUAAGGCAUUCCCUAAGGAUGAAGAGGGAACUUUCGGAACAAAUAGUAGCUCCGCUUCCGGUGCAGGAACAGGAACAGCAACAGGUACGGCGACGGGUAGUGCAGCCAGUGCGGCAAAAUCGAAGAGUGCUGGGAAUAGACUUACGCCUUUGGGAUUUCUCCGAUUUUAG